AGGUCAACUAGAAGAUUUGCGCUCUUGCCUUAACAUCCGGCGAUUUUAUGAUCAAACAAAGGCAGAAAUAAAGUCGAAGGCGCGACAUUCCGAAGCUGCUUUUGAUUUAUUUAUACAAAAUAGAGGACCUCUUUCUAUUGGAAAAUACUUACUAAAAAAUUGCAUUUCGCGACGAGGGAGAAUCGAUUGCCUUCUGCUCUUUCUUACCUCCGUUGGUUUGAUCUUCGCGUUUGUUUUGUGUCUUUGUUCCUCGUAGGUGGUCAUGGUCCUCGUAGAUGUUGCGGUCCUCGCUUCCUUUCGUGGUUCCUGCUGUCGUUAAGUAGCACUUGUAUCAUGACCUCCCUGCGCUACACCCACGGAGUUGCAUCAGCGAGAGAAAUGGAAAUAAACGGAAUUAUGACAUCAACAUCGACUACCGGAACAACAGUUGCGAAAUAUGGGGCCACGAGCAGUGGGGCGGCUGAUUUCAUCCCCAAGCGUGUGCUUUUCACGGGCGGCUGCGGGUUCAUCGGGUCGAAUGUCCUGCGAUGGCUCGUGACUACGUACCCCCGCACGAAAUUUGUCAACCUGGACAAGCUGGACUACUGUGGAAACCCGAAAAAUAUAAAGGACCUAGCAGACGAGUGCGCGAACUACUGGUUCGUUCGCGGGGACAUUUGCGACCGAAAUCUGGUCCGCUCCUUGUUCGAGCAGCACCGGUUCGACUGCGUGUUCCACUUCGCCGCGCUGUCCCACGUGGAUCGAUCUUUCACGGCGUCCGACGAGUUUGUGCGGACCAACGUGAAUGGGACCCACGUCUUGUAUGCAUUGCAAAAGUAUCGUACUAGUAUAAAUUGCAUCACGCAUUUUUUCAAGAAGAAAAAUGCAAUUUGUAAUGCUAUUUUUCCUAAAAAGCGAGAUUUGUCAUGCACGACAGCAAUUACUACGAGUACGAUACUUUUGCAAUGCAUAUCUUGCUGGAAGCCGCGAUUCGCUGCCCGACGCUGGAAAGGUUCAUUCACGUGUCGACUGACGAGGUCUAUGGCGACCUCAGCUUCGAGGAAAACCGACGGGUGAGCGAGAACGACCAGAUGCUCCCAACCAACCCCUACUCGGCGAGCAAAGCCGCCGCAGAGUGCCUGGUGCGCGGGUUCAGUUUCAGCUUUCGCCUCCCCAGCAUCGUCGUCAGGUAUACUGAGUUUUAUUUGCCUGCGGGGGCUCUACUAGAAAUUUAUGACUGUUCUUUAUCAAAUUGAUAAACCACUAUGGGGUGACACAAUUAUGAGUAAUGCAUAUAAUGGCAGAAGGUCGCUCCAAUCAUGUUGUGGCGCUGAUGAGUUUUUUCCGCCCCAUUCUUACCGUGAAUGGAGCAGGGCGAUGCUUGAAAUUUGAAAAGGAACAAACCGAAUCAGGCCUAACAAUGUUUUCGGUCCUCGGCAGUGGCCCGAAAAGUUGAUCCCAAAAUCCAUCGCGCUGUUUAACCGAAAUAUGCCUUUCCCGGUGCAUAUGCAAUACAAAAGUCUAAAUCGCGAUUAUCCACAUCGUGUGAAUCAUAGCAACGCCAACGUUGCUGUUCGUUGCAUUUGCAUUCUAAUUCUGUACACAACAGAAAUGAAAUUUGCCGCAAGUUGCUUAUGCUUAGUGGUAGCCCAUGGAAGAAAUAAUUGCGGUUAUGCUUAUAAGAUAUGUCAGCAUCAAGCUGGGGGAUAAAGUGAGGAAAAGGACGGCAUUAAAAAAAAAAAACUUUGUGCUCUGGUGGGAUAUAAUCCGAUAAUUGCUUUUGCGGUGCAUAGUCCACGGGGAUGGGACGAACACGCGGAGCUUCCUGUUCAUCGACGACGUUGUCUCCGCUUUUGAUGUGAUCAUGCGCAAGGGCACAACGUUCGAGACCUACAACAUCUCGCAACCGCAGGAACGAAGCAACUAUGGAUUGCAAAUAUGUCUGGGUCCGGAAGAAGAACCACUUGUGAUGCGCAUUUCAGAACACAGAUAAAUCUGUCAUGCAUAGGUAGCAAAAGCUCAAGCUACCCACUAUUUCUCACCAAAGUGGGGGAUUUGUCAUGCGGAUUCGGCAUUGCAGAAGCUUCUCAAGACCUGUGACGCUAGAGCUUCCAUGCCAGACCUUCUGUGUCAUGCAAAAACAGCACGAGUCUUCCAAACCCAGACAUUUUUCGACUUGAUAGCAACCUGGAAGUGCUGAAAAGCGUCCUGGUCGCUCUCGGAAAGGAGCAGGGCGACAUCGCGAACGUUGACAGUCAAGACAUAUGACGGUGCACAACUCCUUCCCCCCCUCAUUUGUAUAGCAUGGACGGCAGUACAAGCGUCAGAAAGAAUGCUGGUUUUGCAUGAGAACUUUGCGCAGGAGUGUAGUACUGUUUGGGCUCCUUCCGGAGUUUGUCAUGCAAGCAGUGCCAAGAGGCACAGCCUGGAACUGGAUUUGGUAUUUUGCAUGACAAACGAGGGGGAGUGGAGUUGUGCACUGUCAUAAGACAAGCGGUACUUUCAGUACGUCAAAGACCGGGCUUUCAACGACUAUCCUGAGUAAAAACCGUCCCCACACCAGAGUUGUAAUGCAGAUUUGCAAAGACAGCAAGACUUGUAAUGCGCAGCCCCAUGAGAGCCAUUUCCAAUUGUCUUUUGGAAUUUGUGAUGCUGUGAACAGGAUGAGCAGAUGAAUCUUUGAUGCGGCUGCACUUGCUAACCUGCACUACACUGCGGAGUGCAGCUUGUCAUGCGUGACUCACAAAACUCCUCGGCUCGUGUUGCAAAAUCUCCAUCCUGACUCUGGUGUGGGGACGUUUUUACUCAGGAUAACGACAAGAGCUACCUCACCACCAGUGUGAAGCUGGAAGCGCUGGGCUGGAAAGUAAACACCACGUGGGAAGAGGGGCUGCAAAGAACGGUGGACUGGUACGAUUUGUAGAUUUUUAGGAUUAGGCUGUUGUUGUAGAAGUAGCACAUGCACAGCUCAGCGACAGCAACUUCUAGGGCUGAUACUGAUUAAAGAGGAUGUAUGGACGAGUUGUAAUUUCUUCAAUCGCACAGAACUUCAUCACUCGUAGCACUGUAGCUGCGGCGUUCUUUUCUUUGCACGCAACAACGUCGCUGGGGGCAUGCAUAUAAAACAUACAGACUUGAUGAUCUUUUUCGACAUGAGUAACAGAAUGAGAUGAGUCCCCUGGUCACCUAGAGCGAGAACAACUACCCGAGCAGGACAGAAAUAAACCUGAAACAACCGCAUCUCCAGGUACCUCGAGAACCCGAACCACUUCGGCGACGUUUCUGAUGCACUGCAAGCCCACUACGGUGUGCUGACAAAGCAAUUGCACAGCUCGAGUCCAUCCAAUUCGAAAAGCGGGGCCGGGGGAACAACGGAUCUGCAAGCAGACCAGGCGUUUCAGCUCACGCCAAGCAGCUCCAAAUCCAAACGACCUGCACCGGAGUAUGAAAGGGAAAGUCACGAUUUACAGAUUGAGGAGGUGUGAACAUGUGCGAGGAGACGACACUUUUUUCUGUAGCUUCAAGAAAUGGAUCGACUCUCGUCCUUCCGUUGAUGGUACUGCUUCUAGAUGACCUAGUAGCGCUGCUUUCACCAUCACUCUUCUAGCGGACUACUGGUCUUUAUUGAGCAAAAAUUCGCUGUACUUGAUAGGUUCCACUCAGCAAGCUUUUGCGCUAUGUUGACAUCAAGAAAGCCAAAAAGGAGUUUUGUCCACAAGAACAAACGGCGCAAGCAGAACUUCCACUCUCCGAUCUUGUUUCGAUUUUUCCUUGCAUACCGCCGAGCUGGACCAUGUGGAGGAGCUGCCGCACUUUUCGCAAUUCGCGCAGGGCAAGAAGUUUUAGAAGUGGUAGUGGUACCUACGCCGAAAUAAGUCAAGAGCGGCGCCACCUACUUCUUGCUUCAAGAAUUCGUGCUGACCUUUAUUUUCUGGUGCCGAUCAGAUCAGGAAGGUCGUGUAAAAAGUAGUGUGUUGGCGGCCAGGAUCAUGCUCAGUCAAGAAUACUAAACUUCUGAAACAAAGUGAGCGUCGAUCAUUCUUCCGUGUGUGAAACGUACACCACUACAGAAGCACUGGAACAAGCAAGAGGUGACUGCAUUGUCAGUGCAAUAUCGAGCGGACGAACACAUUGCUGCUGAUGCUCAUCUCCUUUCUUCGCCCUGUAGUACAAUACAGGUUUGCCAAGAAGCGGGACGAGCCGCACGGGAAAACAACUUUGCUUCCUGAGCAAGAAGUGUCGCAAACGCGUUGC